GAAAAACAGAGCCACAGAGGAUUUUGUCUUUGAGCACACCCUGAACAGUGAUUUCGCAUCAUCUCAAAGAGAAACAUGCGCGUACAAUGUGGUCGUUAAAUAUAUGGUUGAGAUUUUGAUCUGUGAAAAAUGAGUUGGAUGCUUUCCAUCUGGGUGGUCGCGGCCCUGCUGGCUUUCUGUGGGGGACAAAACACUGUGCAUGAAGGAAAUAGCCUGUCUGGGUACCAUCUAUGUGUUCGCAAUGAGACGAGGAUUGUGAGUUUCCUGGCGAUGCAUAAGGUCCCCUAUACUGUGACAAAGCCUUGUGGCGGCUGGCUCCUCUGGAAGACAUGUACAGUCACACUUUACAGGAUGACCCAUCAGACUGAGUACAAGACAGUGAUGGAGCAGGUGACCAGGUGCUGCGAUGGCUACGUACAAGUCGGUCGUUACUGUGCCCUGCCUGUAAACAGGAGUGGGGAGUUCACUGCCAAGCCAGGAUCCUGUCCAACUGCAGAUGGAUUAUAUCCCGGAUCUGAGGACUGUGAGUGGGACUUGGACUGCCCGGGCUGGCAAAAAUGCUGCCAGAGAUUGGGUCGCUCUCACUGCAGUGAUCCUGCAAGCUCAGCAAAUUAUUCUGAGAAUGGAGGAUACCGUUUGAAUGCAACAGUGACAGUGAAGACAGAUUACCACCAACUGAUGUCCAAGCAUAGAGGCCAUCUGAAUCACACAAGAUUGCUACAAGCAAUGGUGACUGGAGCUCUGCAGUCUCAGGUUUCAGUUUAUUUCCUCAACUCAUGGCCUGUUCAUCCCUACAGAACUGCCACCUCACUGCUGAUUGACUGCAACUUUACUCUUUCACUGUACAAUGUCACAUCAAAGCUGCAUCUUCUCCUCAAACACAUACAGGAAGUGUCAUCUGUAACCGUGGAAGAUGUAGAUGAGUGUGCACAGUCUGCUCUCCAUCAGUGCUCCCCUCAGGCAGACUGUAACAACACAGUGGGCUCCUACCAUUGUGCCUGUCACCAAGGAUAUAUUGAUGUUGACCCCAGCAGCCCUGGAGCCCAUUGCACAGCUUACGCCAGGGUGUCAACCACCACAGAGCCCCCGCUUACCUACCUUCCACCCAUGAACACAACCUACACCCUAGCUUCCAACAUCACACAGAACCCUCCGGACAACAGCACCAUGGGUAUCUUCAACUCCACUGAGACCAGCAUGGCUGCAACUCUGAGUAAUACAAGCUCUGUCCCUUAUAAUUCAUCACAUGCUCCGCAAUGGACAAGCUCUGCACCUUAUACCAGCAUGAGCUCAGCUGUGGAGUCACCUCUGCCAACAACCACAUGCUCUCCUCCCAGCAUCACCAGCUUAUGGUCGGCUAAUGUCACUGGAACCUCCUUCUGUGUCUACUGGUCCAGCCAGUUUCAGACAAACCAGACUUACCAUGUUGUUCUAAGCAAAGGGUCAGAGGUCAUUCGUUUUGUGGGAACCAGUCAGACCACAAUUGAGGUGAGGGGCCUGCAGCCCGGGGAGCUCUACAGUGUCACUGUCACACCUCAUGCCUGCGGAAGCCAAGGAGAUGCCACUCAUAUAUCCGUCAAGACCGAUGCUCAGACUCUUGACGCCACAACGCGACUUACUAACAUCCAGUUCACUGCUGAUCUGCAGAACACCAGCAGCUGGGCCUAUAAAAACCUCACUGAGAGUAUUAUGGAGGAGAUCUACCAGUUUCUGUCUCCAGAGAUGAGGGCCAUGGUGGAUUCAGGCCAGGUGAGAAUUGAGAUCAGAAGCUUUUCCCCAGGGAGCGUGGUGGUCAACUUCAUCAUCACCUUCACCUCCAGUCAAGGCCAACACAUCAGUAAUGUGUCCACAGCUCUGCUGUACUCCCUGAUGAACAGCACCAAAUACACUAUGGAUGAAAACAACACAAGCAUAUAUGAUUUCAAUGAAUGUGCUUCAGGGGAAAAUGACUGUUCCCAGUGGGCUACAUGUACAAACACCUGGGCCUCCUACACAUGUGUUUGCCUUGAUGGAUUUAUAGACAACAACCCAGAAAGGCCUGGACGAGCCUGUCAAGCAAUCGCUACCUUUGAGACAACGACACCACCACUGACAACCUCAGUAUUUUCUACCCCUUUCUCUCAAAUAACACCCCUAACCAGUGAUCCAGCUUUAAUGACUAUAACCACUACUCCAGUCAUUAUAUCAACAAGUGAAAUUACUGCCCCUGCAAUCACCACUACUACCCCAACAACCACCACUACUGCCCCAACAACCACCACUACUACCCCAACAACAACUAUUACUGCCCCAACAACCACCACUACUACCCCAACAACAACUAUUACUGCCCCUACAAGCACCACUACUGCCCCAACAACCACCACUACUGCCCCAACAACAACUAUUACUGCCCCUACAAGCACCACUACUGCCCCAACAACCACCACUACUGCCCCAACAACCACCACUACUGCCCCAACAACAACUAUUACUGCCCCUACAAGCACCACUACUACCCCAACAACCAUCACUACUGCCCCAACAACCACCACUACUGCCCCAACAACAACUAUUACUGCCCCUACAAGCACCACUACUGCCCCAACAACCACCACUACUGCCCCAACAACCACCACCACUGCCCCAACAACCACCACUACUGCUCCUUCAAUCACCACUACUGCCCCAACAACCACCACCACUGCCCCUUCAAUCACCACCACUGCCCCAACAACCACCACCACUGCCCCAACAACCACCACUACUGCUCCUUCAAUCACCACCACUGCCCCAACAACCACCACCACUGCCCCUUCAAUCACCACCACUGCCCCAACAACCACCACCACUGCCCCUUCAAUCACCACUACUGCCCCAACAACCACCACCACUGCCCCAACAACCACCACCACUGCCCCAACAACCACCACCACUGCAAUGACAUCCACGACUUUUACCCCUACAACCACUGUUACCAACCCCACUACCACCAUUACAACUCCUACAACUAGCACUACUGCCCUGAGAUCUGCCACCAAUGCCUCUAUGCCAGGGGCCAUCACAGUCCAGUGCAGGGUUGCUGCCAUCACUGUGACAGUUCUCAGGGAUUUUCUUCUGAGGACCAAGAUCAGGGAGAGCGCCCUAUACUUGGGCUUGCCAGAGUGUGGCGUCAACGGAGGCAAUGCCACCCAUGCCCAGCUGACCGUGGCCUGGAAUGAGUGUGUGACUAGGCUUGUGCAUAAUGAGACCUACUACACGGCAUCUGUAACCUUGUUCAACACCAUGGAGCCGUACACCUCACCCAGUGGAACUGUGGAGGUACCCAGAGUACGACUGGAGGUUCCCAUCAUGUGUACCUACAGGAAGAGCAUGCUUAUCUCUGCUGACUUCAGCUCCAUGGGGUAUAACAUUAUCAAUGAUGCCAUCGUGGGCUCGGGGUCGUUCCAGGUGACAGUGCAGCUGAUGAACGGUACAAUACCUCUGCCCCACAACUACAGCUUGUCCCCUGAGGAGGCUGUGGUGGUGGAGGUCAGCCUCAACAUCUCCUCGGUGCAGAUUAAAGUAGUCAUCGACAAAUGCUGGGCCACUCCCACCCCAAACCCUGUAGACCACUACAGCUACAUCUUCCUGGAGAACAGCUGUUCCCUGAACACAUACACCAAAGUGUUGAUCAACGGGAACUCCAGCACAUCACGUGUGUCUGUACAGAUAUUCUCCUUCGUCAACCUGAAUGUGCUCUAUCUGCACUGCCAGGUCCACAUCUGCGUGCAGAUUGGAUCGAGUACCUGUGUGCCUGACUGUCAACAAAGAACAGCUCGGUCUUCUAACACAAUUGGAACAGCUUUGGGUUCUUUCGGGCCUCUACUGAGGACAGAUGACGAGCCCUUGGAGCAGCAAUAUAACACUCUUCAUAUUGUUGGACUGUCCUGUCUUGGAAUCGGCCUGUCGCUCUUCUUCAUCAUUGGUUUUGUCUGCCUUUUCUACUACCAAAGGAACCGCAUUGGACACUACAACUUCAGCGUCAAAACCAAGCAGGAGAAAUUCACCUACCUUGUCUUUAACACCUAGGGGUGCAGCAGCACCCACAGCCACAGUCGCAGAACUGGAAAACAUAAACAUUCUUGCAGCAGCAGAUACCUUUGGUAGGCUAUUACAGUAGAGCUGCCACUGAGUGGCGCUGUUGCACCAUUCACACAUUAGUUCUCACCAAACAUUGCACAUCUUUGCACAUUAGACAAUUAAUGAAGUACAGAUUAUAUUAUAAUUAUAUAUAAAAUGAUAGAGUAGUUGCAUACUGGAAUGUCAAAUACAGAGAAUAUAAAUAUGUAAUGAAUAUUUUAUCAUUAAAGAAUAAAUAGGUAUGACUUGUUACACAUUUUAAAAGUCAGCAGUUUCUGUCUUGAAAGUUUUAAGCUACAUUUUGUCUUUAGCUGAGACAAAAAAUGUUCACAGAAGCAUGAAACGUGAUAAUACUGGAGAGAAAAUGUACCAAACUACAUUCAGAAUAUUAGAAAUACCCACUGAGUAUGGAGAAUAUUUCACUACAUGGUUCACAUCAAAAUUUGUAAUGUAAUGAGUUUGCACUAAACUAGCUUGUAUUGCACAUAUUUGUAUAAAUGAUCAUUUUCAUGUUGUCAAAUGUGCUUAAAAUAUACCAUCUGCAAUACUGGUCAAGCACAGUUAUCACUUUAUUUUGUUUUAGCUGCUGUUUUUCUACAAUUACACUUUUUGUAUUUAUACUGUUUGUUAAACAUCUGAAAUAUUCAUUCUGUUCUCACUUGUACAAAGUCUUAAUUUGUGCAUUAAGUGGUGUGACAAUAAACAUGUCCUGUAUGAAUACAGACA